AUGAAAAAAAUUAAAGACGAAUUUGAUGAUUAUUAUGAUGCGUAUGAAGAAAAUUGGUCCCCCGAUACAUUUGCCGAAUUGGAAUCAAGCCAAAGUUUAGAAAAAACAAUAAAGAAAAAAAUGUACAAAGAAGAAUUUGAGCAAAACAAUUUUUUUUGUGCGGCAAAGGAAAUAUAUUCAAACAACUCCGAAAAUGUGCAAGGGGAUAAUAAUGAUAUAAUAAAAAAAGAAAUAACUAAUGAUGAUAAUAAUGAAAUGAAAAAGGAAAAUAUAGGAAAUAAUGAUAAUAAUAAUAAUAAUAAUAAUAAUAGUCAUUUGGUAUUAGAUAUCGACGGAAAUAUCGAUUUUACUGAGGAAAACGUUGAAGGUUCUAAUAAAAAUGAAUAUGAAAAUGAUUUUGAUGAAAGUAAAUGGACUCAUCAUUUUAAUGAAGAAAAUAAAAAGGAAGAUACAAACACGUUAUAUGAAGAAAGGAAAGAUGAAGUAGAUGAAAACAGAAAAAGUCAUGAAGAAAUUAAUUUAUUUAAAGAUAUAUAUGAAGAAUUAGAAAAUUCCCAAAAUGAAAAGGAAAAAAGCUAUGUGGAUUAUUCAUAUAAUGAAAAUUAUUCUAAUAAAAAAAAUGAAAAUUCUGAUUCUUUUUUCAAUAAUUUAAAUAUAUAUAGUAAUAAUAUAGAAAGAAAUCAUGAUGAGAAGGAUGAUUCGUUAAGUGUCUUUAAUAGGAACGAAUCGGAUUUAAAUUUAUUAGAUGAUAUAAAUGAUAGCAAUACUUAUAACAAUAGGAGCAAGGAUAAAAAUGAUUUCAGUCCAUGUAGUAAUAAUAAUAAUAAUAAUGAUAAUAAUAAUUAUAAUUAUAAUAAUAAUAAUUAUAAUAAUAAUAAUGAUAAUAAUAAUAUGAAUGAUAUUUUCGAGAAGUGUCAUAUAUAUGAAAAAAACGAAGAAUAUGAGAAUUAUUCAAACAAUUCAUUUUCUCAUAUUUUACAGAAAGAAGAAAAAAAUUAUGAUAAUACAAUGGAAAAUAAAACCGAUAUGAUGAAUGUAAACAAUUUCGAAAGAUAUAAUUUAAAAGAUGAAAACGUAAGUUUACAAAAUGAUGAUAUCAUGAGCCUUAUCAGUGAAAGGUUACAAGAAGAUAAAAAUAAAAAUUUUAUGGAUUAUAGUUUUUAUAAUAAUACUUGUACAAGUUAUAAUGAUAAGGAUAUAAAAAAUAUCGUAUCAAAUUAUGAUAUGUCAAAUGAUAUAUCGAAUAAUUUAUCUAAUAUUAUUUCAAAUAUGAUAUCGAAUAAUCUAUCUAAUAUCAUAUCAAAUAAUAUAUCAAAUUAUAAUAUAUCCGAUAGUAUUAAUUCAAAUCAUAUAAUUUCAAAUAAAAAUAAUUUAAAAUAUAAUAAUAGUAUUAAUAAUAAUGACAGCACUAUAGAUAAUGGAACGAAUAGUUCCAAUCAUAUAAAUUAUAGUAAUAAUAAUAUGAAGGAUAAUACAUCUUGUAUAUAUGAUAAUUAUGAUCGUAGAUUGCAUAAUAGUUCAUCAUCCUAUAGAGAUAUGUGCCAUGAAAGGAAUGAUAAAGACACCAAUAUUAAAAGUGAUAUUAUUACUACAUGUUUAGAUAAUGAUUAUUCUAAUAUGAAUUAUAGUUCUGAUAAUUCUUAUGUAGAUAAGGAGAUCAAGCGUAUGUUUGAUGAAGAUAAUUUACAAGAUGGUUCAAUAGAAUAUAACAAUAAUUAUAAACAAUUUGAUAAAUCGAUAAACAAAGAACAUAAUAGUGAAAAGACAGACACACGAAACGAGAUAAAUAAUACUAAAAAUAAUGAUACAAAGAUAAAUAUAAAUAGGUAUAAUGAAGAAUGUUACCCUAGAGAACAUUUGGAAAAACUUGAAAAGGAAUUAAUAAUGAAUGAAAAAAAUAAAAUAAAUAAUUAUACUGAAAGUGAUAUAUAUAAUACUAGCGAAAAAAAAACAAAAUGUGCAUUAGAAAAAGAAGUAAAUGAUGAAGAGAUUAAAACAAGGGAAAAUAGUAUUGAUAUUUGUGUAGAUCUAAAUGAUGAAGAACCUUGGGACGAAAAUAUAAAAAGAGAAAACAACAAUGACAAGAAAAGAUUAACUUAUAAGAAUGAAAAAUAUAAUAAAUACGCAAUUUUGAAAGAUAAGGGUUCAAAAAUGAACAACAACAACAACAACAACAACAACAAUAAUAAUAAUAAUAAUAAUAAUAAUAUUGAAAGGAACAACGUGAAUGUUAUAGGGGAGAAAAAGAAGAAACAAACUAAAAAGGAAACAUCACAAAAUAAUAAUAAUCAUAAUAUUAAUAAGAAAGAAAAGAUUAUAUCUACAAAAUUAAUAAACCAAACGAACCAAAGUGAUAACCUAAAGGAACUAGGAAAUGAAUUAAAUAAUCAGAUAAAUAAACUCGAAAAAGAACAAGAUAAAGUUAAAAAGCUAGAAUAUGAAUUAAUAGCUAAAAGUGCAGAAAUGGAAUUAGAAAGAGAAGAAAUGAAAAAUAACAUGGAACAAGAAAAAAAAAAAAUGAUGAAAACUAUUGAAGAAGAAAAAAAAAAAUGGAAUAAAGAAAAAAAAAGAAUCGAAGGAGAAGUAGAGAAACAAAGAAAUAUUAUAAUGCAUAAAAGAAAAUUAACAAACGAAAUAGCAAUGUUCAAAAAUAGAAUAAAAGAAUUAGAAGAAAAUUUAGAAAAAGAAAAAAAAGAACAUAGAAUUCUUGUAGAGAAAUUAAAAAAAAAGAUAGACAAUUUAAAAAUUGAAAAUGAAAAAAUUAAAACUGAAUUAAAAAUAUCAAAUGAAUAUAGAAAUAAAUUAGAAGUAUAUCAACAAAAUACUAUUAUGAAAUUAGCUACAACUGUUAAUAAAAAAAAAAACCAAAAGUAUAAAAGUAAAAAUUUUCUAAAUACAUCAUCUGAAUCGUCCAUUCAAGAAGAAAUAUAUAAUAAUAGUAAUAAUAAUAAUAAUAAUAAUAAUAAUAAUAAUAAUAAUAGUAUAGACAAUAGCGAUAUUAUAGAUAAUCACCAUUAUGCUAAAAAUAAAUCACAUGAUACAAAAAAAAUUAAUAAAUUUGAUAUAGACAAAAGCUUGUUGGACUCUUCAGAUAAUUCUGAUGAAAUAAAAAAAAUUAUUAAUCAUAAAAAGAAUAAUAUACAUAAAGAUUUAGAAAUUAUAUAUAAUAGUUCUACUAACACAGAUGAUGGAAUUUAUAACAACAAAAUAAAAAACAAUAUAAAAAUAAAAAGUAAUAAUAAUAAUAAUAAUAAUAUGAACUUGAAAAAUAACAAAAAUAAAUUUACAUUGGAUAAAUUAUUUAUUCAAAACAAAAAAGAUAAAGAUAGUUAUAAAAAUUCAGAUAAUAAUAAAAUUGAUGAAGAAUAUAUAAAUAAAAAUUUAAAGAGAAUGAGAUCAAUAAUUAAAAAUAAAAAAAAAUACCUAGAAGAUAAAAUGUCUAAUCAUGAAAAUGAUGAUACUUGUAGUUUACUAACUACUACAAACGAAAUUAAUUUGAAUGACAAAGAAGUAUUUUUUUAUGAAAACUGUAAAAAGAAUAAGGAUAAAAUUUCAUUUAAUGAUGAUAUAAAUUAUGCAAAUAAUAAAUCAAAUAUAAAAUAUGAUAAAAGAACAUCAAAUAAAGAGGGCGGUGAUAUUAUAUAUGAAAAUAUGAAUAAAAAGAAAAACAAAGGUAGUACAUUAAAUGAUAACAAUAAUAAUAAUAAAAUAAUGAAACCGUCUUUGGUUAAUAAUACAAAUGAAAUAUAUAUGAGUGAUCUUAAUACGAAUGAGCAUAAUGAAACUUCGUACAAGCCACAUAGAAAUUAUUCUACUAGUAAUCAAAAAGGAAAAGAUGAUAUUAUAAAUAAUAAAAUAUUAUCUAAAAAAAAAACAAAUAGUACGGAUAGUUAUAAUAAAAAUAAUAAUAUAGGUAAUGAUAAUAUUUUAAAACCUUUUGGUAAGGACUGGGAUUUUGUAAUAAACUUUGAUUUCGACGAAUUAUUCAAUCAAUGUGAAAAUGUUAUAGAAUCUAUUUUUUCCUCAUCCAAAAAAAUAAAAUAUAGACAAGCAUUUAUUGAUGGAAAGGUGGAAACUUUAUUUGAUGAUGGGUUAAAAUUAAUUGAGAAAAAUAGAAAUAAAAAAAUUAUGCAUCCAAGUAAUAUAACAAUAUAUCUGUAUCCUACCAAAGAUUACAAGGCACAUUUUCCCAAUUCGUACAUGUUAUUUCGAUUUGUUAAUAAAGGAAUAUAUCAGGUGAACAUACCAAAUAAAUGUCAACUAAACAAAUUUCCAAGUGGACAAGUGGAUUGUAAAUAUACUGAUGGUCAUAUACAAAUACUAUUUUGUGAUGGAAAAAGAAAAGAAAUACUACCCAACAGGGAAGAGUAUGUUAUAUUACGAAACGGAACUAUAAAAAAGUUAAAUUAA